CGUCUUGAUUCUGCCGGGGAGGGCUUCCCCGUCACAUAAUUGUUUAUUUUUAUAUAUUUUAUAACAAUAAAUAAUUGUUAAAAUGACAACAAAUAAAUUAUGUAAUUUUUUGCAACGUUUUCAUCUACCACUACGAGGAGUUGUGGCACCAAAAUAUUCAACAGCUGUGCAUCAACAAAAUUCAUUGUCAAACAAAAUUGAAUUUGAUCCAUCAUUAUUUAAGAUAAAUAAAAAAAUAUGUGAACCAAAUUUGAGUCUAGCUUCAUUGUCAAUAAAUUCACAUGAUUUUGAUCUUCCAACUCAUCGUGGAUGGAUCAACAAUGUCAUUGAUUCACCAAUAAAAAAAAUAUACGACAUAACUGAUCCCGCUAAAAAUGACUAUUCAAAGGAAGAUAAAACAACAGACAAAACAAUUGAUUUACCAACAAAUAAUAGCUCAAUUAAUAUUGAAAAACAAGCAGCAAGAAUGAUUGUCAUACGUCGUCGUAAAAUGAGACGUCAUAAAUUAAAAAAAUUACGUAAAAAAAUGAAAUUUAAAUGGGCAAAAGUUAAACAAAGACGUGAGCUCAAAAAAGAAAAAGCAUUUCAUGCUGAAUUAUUAGCACAGAUACAUGAAGCUGAAAAAUUUGAUGCUAAAAAAUAUGUGCAAUCGAAAUUUGAUAUAUUGGAUAAUGUUAGAAUCCCAUCAAGAUGGAAAGGUGAAAUUCUACCUGAAUCAAUGAUACGAGAAUUUAUGCAAAAAGAAGAAGAAAUUAAACAAAGAAAACUCAACAUACCUAGACUCAAACUUGAUUAAAUUUUUCACUAGAUAAAUAGCUUGUUGAUUGACAAAAAAAAAAAAUACAAUAAAUUUAUAAUAUCACAUUGA